AUGAGUGAGAAAAACUCGUCAAGUGGAGCGACUCCACCGCCCACCAAAUCAAAUGAGCCUCCACCCUCUGAUGAGGCCAAAAAGAACGCCGUUGAAGGGGCAAAAGAUCCUGCCGGCACUUCUCCCAAACAUCGAGCAGUGGGCUUCGAUGCAGUGGUCAAGGAGGAGCGAAUGAAGCGCGCGCUGAGUUUUGGGCCCAGUGCCGUGCGAGUGGCCAAACCGAGCAACAUUCUCAUCGACAUCUACGGCGUCAUCUGCUCGUGGCAGUUUGCGGCCACACUGAAGCAGUACGCCAACGCCCAUCUGGCCAGUCACGUGAAGGAGUGCUGGGAGGAGAGGACGAUGAAGCUGAUGAUGGCUCGAAUGCGCGAACAGGUGAUCGUCGACCGAUACGCCGGCGACCAGGUGCCCGCCAUUGCUCCGGAGAGUGCCCCACUCGAGGAGCAGAAGGAAACGGCGGCGGUCAGUGUGCAGUGGCAGGUGGAGCACCAGCACCCGACCACCAAGCAACUAAUCGACCGCAUGGUCACCGACCUGUGGCACAAGUCCUACGAGAACGGCCGCCUGAAGACGCACGCCUACCCGGACGUGCUGGAAGCCUUUCAGUACUGGCGCUUUGAGGAGUUCAUCAAGAUCUACACGUACGCCUCGGGGGACGCCAGCGGACAGCGCCUCUUUCUGCGCGCCUCAGAGGCGGGCGACUUGAACCGGUACGUGGCGAAUGCGCUGAACGCCUCCGGCGGCUUCAAGUUCAAGACGAACAUGUUUCGCCAGGUGGCCACCGCUCUGCGUGAGCCCAAUCUGAAGAAUCUGCUGUACAUCAGCGACUGUCCGAGGAAGGCGAGCCGCGCCAUCGAGGCAGGCAUCAGAGCGAUGGUCGUCAAUCGAGACCGCCAGUGCACGGGCAAGUACAGCCCCGAGCUGACCAAGGGUCUGGUGGUGGUGAACACCCUUGCCGAUAUUCAGUUCAUCUACGAUCCAAAGGGGACGUCCACCUGCUGCUAA